CCUCCACGAGCGCCAGUGCUUGUUGGCAGCAGCGCCAGCAGCGGCGCCAGGCGAUGAGCAGGCGAGCAGUGUUGCAGCAGCAGCAGCAGCAGCACCAUGGGCACCACUGCGCACCGCCCCGCCAGUACCCAGCCCCACAGCAGCAGCGAGGGCAGCAGAAGCAGCGGCGGCAGGGGAAACAGCAGGAACGGCAGCAGCGGGGUGGGCAGAAGAGGAGGCGGUGUGGGCGCGGGCAGGCGAGCAGGUGGGCGGCCAGGUGCAGCGCCUCAUGUCUCCCCUCUCCCGCGUGCUGCUCGCCCUGCAGGGGGAGGAGAGUGGGGAAACCCAAGUUGAUGAGGGAAUGAGGGGGGCGGGUGGUAACGGAAGAGAGGGAGAAAGGGCAGGAGGAGAGGGAAGACGAGACAUAGAGUGCGUGAGAGGAGGAGGCACGGAGGUUGGGGACGAAGAGGCAGGGGAGGGAGCAGUGGGGUGGGUGGAGCGAGUGGAGGCACUGCGAGUGGUGAGGGCACGGGGCAGAGCGGUGAGGAAGAAGCGAUGGCGAGAGAAGAGGCGAGCAGAGCAAGCUAUUGCAUGGCAGCAGAGGGAGCAGCAGCGGCGGGUGGUGGAGGCGAGGAUAGACGCGUGGCGGGCGCGGGUGAUGGAGAGAGAUGCGCAGGCGAGCAUGGCACGUCAGCAGCAGGCGGAGGAAGAGGCGAGGGAGAAGAGGGAGCGGGCCCAGCUGCAGAAGCAG